ACGCCUUCAUGUUUUGAUGGAGACUAUCCAGUUUCUUGGCCGCAGCCACCACCAACUUCAAGCACAUUACAUCUUCAAAACCAAUAAGUUUUUAAGAAUACUAUUAGCCACAUGCAAUUUUGGUCCAGAUAUUUGGGGCCUCGUUCACGACACGAUCGGGAAGUUGGGAGUGGCCUACACCACUAACAAUAUCCCUCUUGGUGCAGACGAUUCUGCCGGCGCUAAUCCAGACUACGACUUGGCCAAGUACGAGUUCUGGUUCUACAGUGCUCUCGACGAGGCCUAUGAGGCGUACUAUGCAUGGCAGUCCGAUAGUCUUAAAGUAGACCUGCUGCAGGCUGCACGCGGACGGAUGAUUCACGUGCUAUCGAUCAACUGGCUACACCGGCCAAUAGAAGAGGGAAACUUACCCGUUGAGUCAGUAAUUGAAAUCCAACGAUUCUGGAAAGCUUUGCGGAGGAAGUACAUUCCUCGCCUCUUUUCCGACCUGUGCGAGAUGUGGAAAUAUUCUAACGCCGGAGAAGACGAGAUCAGAAAAGUAAUAGGCAUUUUAGCACAAAAGCAAAGCGAUGAUCUUUAUGAAGAUGGAGCGGACAUCGCUAGGAUUUUAUUAGAAAAAAUUAACAACGUAGCUUUUUUAUUUUUGCCAAAAGCCAAUCAAUAAAAAAACAUUUCUCACUA